AUGAUCCCAACCUUUGUAAGUGGACGUCCUACAGGCGAGGAAAAGGGCCGGUACCUGGCACUCGACUUGGGCGGAACGUUUUUGCGAGUAUGCGAAGUUGAUCUUUGCGGCAACAAAGAGUUCAAAAUCCAUCAGCAGAAAUACAAAGUCCCUAUCCCAUUAAAAGAAGGCGAUUUCCGCGAUUUAUGCGACUUCAUCGCCGAUUGUGUAGAUGCCUUUAUCAGCAGUUUAAGUGAUUCUACUAGCGAGAACGGAGAGAUCGAUGAAUAUCAGCUCGGUUUUACGUUUUCUUUCCCGUGCUUCCAAACAGGUCUCAACCGAGGCGUGUUGAAGCAGUGGACGAAGGGUUACAGUUGCACAAAUGCCGUGCACAACGACGUGGUCGAAAUGUUGCAGCAGGCUUUCUUACGUAAACAGGUGCCUGUGAAUAUUGCGGCGAUCGUAAAUGACACUGUGGGGACGCUGAUGGCGCUGGCGUACAGCAUACCCGAGACGGCAAUUGGUGUGAUCCUCGGCACUGGCACUAAUGCAUGCUACUAUGAAAAACUGAAAGGCAUCAAAAAAUGGGACGGCGGUGAGACACUCUCGGACGAAAUGGUCAUCAACACAGAAUGGGGAGCCUUCGACUGCGAACGCAUCUGUUUGCCAAUGACGAUCCAUGACAACAAACUAGACCGUGAAUCGCAUCACCCACGACAACAGAUAUUUGAAAAGAUGAUUUCCGGCAUGUAUCUCGGCGAAAUUUCACGCAACGUCAUUGUACAUUUGGUCGACCGCCAGAUUCUGUUCAGAGGCUAUUCAUCCAACGACCUGAACAAGCCAUACUGCUUUGACACAGCAUACAUGUCCUCUAUCGAAAUGGACUCAACGCCAGACUUACAAGAAACUCGCCACAUCUUGGAAGACGUCCUCAGUGUGCCGUCAACAACCUUGAUGGAUCGACAGCUUGUCAAAAAAAUCUGUCAAGUUGUCGGACGACGUGCAGCACGACUGUCAGCAUGCGGUUUAGCGGCCGUCUUAAAGCAGAGCAGUCUCGUUAGCGCUGGAUGUACCAUCGGGAUUGAUGGCUCUUUGUUUGAACAUUACCCCGGAUUCGAGUCCAACAUGAUGCAGGCACUUAAAGAUAUGUUUGGACCCUACAUCGUCUACAAGGUCAAGCUAUCAUUAGCUCGCGACGGCUCUGGAUUGGGCGCCGCAAUCAUUGCCAUGCUUGCUCACAAGGCUGCUCAGAUGAGUGCUGCGGCGUCAGCGGCUUCAUCGACUCAAGCCUCGGUUGUUGCAUCAGCUGCGGCAUCUACUGUUGAGCAGCAACAUGACAGAAAAUUAGAACAAGAAGAAGAAACAGCGCCCAAAGAUGACGAGCAAUCAUCUCAGCAAAAACCCAAGCAAAAAAACGAGCCAACGCCAAAGUCAUCAAAAGACAAGGAUUUGUCACAAGGAGAUAAGCAGCAGCUUCAAAAAGACCAAAAAGAAGUGGCGAACAAAUCACCGGAACCAGCGACUGAAGAUGUUCUUGCGAAACUUGACUCAAAAGAACAAGAAAAGAAAGACUAA